CAAGCGUCGAUCUACAGUUCAUCCCCUGGCUUUGUGGCUGUAUCGAACAACAAAAGCCCUUUUUCUUUUCCCUCUCGGCCUCUCCCUCAUUUAAAAAAAGUGCUCCCUUUCUCUGUACCAAAUUCGUCUCUUUAUUCCAGAAAAUAGAAAAUCCAUAGAAGCAAUUGAACCCGAUAACCAUGAUGAGGCUUUUCGGCAGAGGCUCGGGCGGGGAAUCUCCGCACACGGCGUCCCCGUCCACUCCACUUCCUGUGUCGGCGUCUAAUGUGUCCGUUGGGCCGGCAAGGCCGAUCCGCUUUGUGUACGCCGACGAGAAGGGAAGGUUCCACAUGGAUCCAGAGGCGGUGGCGCUGCUUCAGUUGGUGAAGCAGCCCGUGGGCGUGGUAUCCGUUUGCGGCCGCGCUCGUCAGGGCAAGAGUUUCAUAUUGAAUCAGCUUCUAGGAAGGAGCAGUGGGUUUCAAGUUGCACCAACUCAUCGUCCUUGUACCAAAGGUCUUUGGCUGUGGAGUGCCCCAAUAAGGAGGACUGCACUUGAUGGAACAGAGUACAAUCUAUUACUCUUGGAUUCAGAAGGAAUUGAUGCCUAUGACCAGACAGGAACAUAUAGCACACAAAUAUUCUCUCUGGCUGUCCUUUUAUCAAGCAUGUUCAUAUACAACCAGAUGGGUGGUAUUGAUGAGGCUGCACUUGAUCGGCUUUCUCUUGUGACUGAGAUGACCAAGCAUAUUCGUGUUAGGGCCUCUGGGGGUAAAAGUACUGCUUCAGAGCUGGGGCAAUUCUCCCCAAUCUUUGUCUGGCUUCUGAGGGACUUUUAUCUACAAUUGACGGAGGAUAAUCGCAAAAUUACACCACGUGAUUACCUGGAAAGGGCUUUGAGAUCAUCAGCACAGGGAAGCGGAAGGGAUUUAGCUGCCAAAAAUGAGAUUCGAGAGUCCAUUCGAGCUCUUUUCCCAGAUAGAGAGUGCUUUGCUCUUGUGCGGCCGUUGAGCAAUGAGAAUGAUCUUCAACGACUUGAUCAGAUUCCGCUGAGCCAAUUGAGGCCAGAAUUCAGAUCUGGUUUGGAGUCUCUGAUAAAUUUUGUGUAUGAGAGGACGAGGCCCAAGCAGAUGGGAGCAUCAGUGAUGACGGGACCCAUCCUUGCUCGUAUGACUCAAUCAUUCCUUGAUGCUAUUAAUAAUGGUGCCGUGCCUACAAUCACUUCAUCGUGGCAGAGUGUAGAGGAAGCUGAAUGCCAACGGGCUUAUGAAUUGGGUACUGAAACUUACAUGGCUGGCUUUGAUCGUUCGAAACCUCCUGAGGAAGCUACGCUAAGAGAGGCACAUGAAGUUGCAGUUCAGAGAUCAAUGGCCGCAUUUAAUGAGACUGCUGUAGGUGUUGGUAUGAUUAGGCAAAAGUACGAAAAGCGUCUUCAGAGUUUCGUGAAGAAAGCAUUUGAGGACAUAAAAAAAGAUGCUUUCAGGGAGGCUUAUUUACUGUGUUCCAAAACCAUAGAAAAUAUGGAGAAGGAGCUGAGAAGUGCUUGCCAUGCUCCUGAGGCAAACAUAGACGACGUCGUAAAGGCAAGUCUUUGUUCUAUCACUGUCGAAAAUAAAGUUGUCGCGAUAUUAGGGGUUGAAACUGUAAACACCUUAUGUCCUCACAGGUCCUCGAUAAGCUGUUGUCCAACUAUGAAGCUAAAUGUUAUGGACCUGAGAAAUGGCGAAAAGCAUUCUUAUUUCUACGGCAAAGGUUCGAGCCUCAAUUUAACCACUCAUUAUGUAUAUAUUGCUUUUAGACGAAAAAACUUCUACCAGAUGGUUCAACGUUUGGAAGGGCCUCUUCUCGAUUUGAUGAAGAAGCAAAUAGAUCAGAUCGCGGCCGAAAAAAGCUCGCUCGCCCUUCAGUACCGCUCGGCCAUGGACAGAAAUAACCUUAUCAACAAACAGCUCGAGGCCAGCGAGAAGUACAAAUCCGAGUACCUCAAACGUUAUGAUGAUGCCAUCAACGACAAGAAGAGGCUAGCGGACGAUUACAUGUCCCGCAUUGCCAACUUACAGGCUAAGUGCACAUCCCUCGAGGAGAAGUCGUCCAACCUUUCGAAAGCAGCUGACUUGGCAAAGAAUGAGUCAGCUGAGUGGAAGAGGAAGUACGAGCUAGUCCUGUCCAAGCAUAAGGCAGAGGGGGAUCAGGUUGGUGCUGAGCUGGCGAUGCUGAAGUCGAGGAGCUCGGCAGCUGAGGCCCGGCUGGCGGCUGCCCAGGAGAGGGCACAGUCAGCACAGGAGGAGGCUGAGGAGUGGAAGCGAAAGUUCAAUAUGGCUGCACGGGAUGUGAAGAGCGCUCUUGAGAAGGCUGCUGCUAUUCAGGAGCGGACUAAUAAUCAGACGCAGUUAAGAGAGGCUGCGUUGAGGGCGGAGUUCUCGACUGCUCUGGCAGAAAAGGAGGAUGAAUUAAAGGAAAAGGUGGCAAAGAUUGAGCAAACUGAGCAGCGUUUGACGACUUUGAGUUUGGAACUGAAGGCUGCUGAAUCAAAACUCAAGAACUACGAUCACGAGACCUCGACCCUAAAGCUCGAGACAAAACACCUGGCCGAAAAACUCGAGUCGGCCGAACUCGCCGCCCGCCUGGCAGAAAACAAAGCCUCCCGCCUCGAACAGGAGAAAACCCACCUCGACCAGAAAUACCAGUCUCAGUUCAACCAAUUCGAGGAGCUCCACGACAGGUGUCGCGCAGCCGAGAAGGAAGCCAAGCGGGCCACCGAGCUCGCCGACGCUGCCCGGGCCGAAGCCGUCUCGGCCCAAAAAGAAAAAUCCGAUUUCCAACGCAUCGCCAUGGAGCGUCUCGCCCAAAUCGAGAGAGCCGAGAGGCACGCCGAGUUUCUCGAGCGCCAGAAAGCUGACCUGGCGAAUGAGGCCGAGCGACACCUGGCGGCCGAGAGGGACGCCUUGUUCAAAGUCGAGGCCCUUGAGGAGAGGGUUCGGGAGCGUGAGAAGGAAAUCGAGACUUUCUUGCAGUCGAACAAUAUUCAGAGAAAGGAAUACGUGCAGGGGCUUCAGAGCUUGCUGGACAGCGAACGGGCCGCGCAUGUGGAGGCUAAUAAUCGGGCCGAAGCCCUUUCGGUUCAAUUACAGGUCACGCAGGCUAAGUUGGAUGAGCUGUCACAGGAGUUAACGAGACUUAAGUUCAGUGAAAAGUUGGGUUCGGGUUCGCAUGCGACUAAAAGGGGGAGGACUGAGGAGUAUGAGAUGGGGGUGGACUCGGAUGGCGAGGGCGUAAAUGCAAAUGUCAAUAAUAAUAAUAAUAAUAGUGAGAGGGUUAUUAGGGGGAAUAAGAGGUCAAAGAGCACGACUAGCCCGUUGAAGUUUUCGUCGCCUGAAGAUGGGGGCUCGGUUUUCAGGGUUGACGAGCCGGUUAGCAGUCAGCAGACGAGCGUGGAAGAUUACACCAGGUUUACAGUACAGAAGCUGAAGCAGGAGCUGACGAGCCAUAAUUUCGGGGCCGAGCUUUUGCAGCUGAAGAAUCCGAACAAGAAGGAUAUAUUGGCUCUAUAUGAGAGAUGCGUGCUGAAGAAAUAUUGAUUUUUUUUUCAUCUUUAUAUGAUGAUCUACGUUGGCACACGUGUUGUUUUGUUUAGUGUCCAUUUUGUAUAAUGAUAUUUUUUUAUGUACAAUUUACGCCUUAGUUAAUAUAAUUGGGAGAAUCUAUUUUCGUUGU